AUGCCGCAUGUCAGUGAAUUCACGAUUGGAUGGAUCUGCGCCCUCUCUCAGGAACUUGUUGCUGCUCAAGAAUUUCUUGACGAAGAAUAUGAAUCACGAGAGGUUGGAGAUUGUCCUUCGGACAACAAUUCCUACUCUUUUGGGAGCAUCAAUGGUCAUAAGAUCGUCAUAGCAGUGCUGCCACAAAAUCAGUAUGGCCAUGUCAACGCUGCAGUUGUCGCUAGAGACAUGUCACGGAGCUUCAGUAACCUGAGAUUCGGCUUGAUGGUAGGGGUUGGAGGUGGUGCGCCAAGUGCGGCCAACCAAAUACGACUCGGUGAUGUCGUAGUGAGCUCCAUCCAAUCUACGCACGGAGCUGUUUUCCAGUACGAUUUUGGCAAGACGAUUCAAGAAAAAAAGUUCACCCCCACCGGAUAUCUUAAUCAACCACCACAAGUUCUACAGAUUGCAGUGGCUAGCCUCUGCGCGAAGCACACGAGACAUGGCAAUGACAUUCAUGAAGCUGUCCAGAACGUCAUUGCAAGAAACAAGAGACUGCAGAAAAAUUACAGCCGCCCAGACGUGGAUACAGACAGGCUCUUCUUAUCAGGUUUCGUUCACACAGCAGAUGGAACCUGCUGUUCUGUUGCAACCAGCCAACGCCAUCCACGUUUGGUACCGCGCGACGCACGGAGUCUACGUGAAGAUGAUGUGGUUAUUCACUACGGUCUCAUCGCCUCUGCGAAUCAGGUUCUCAAAGAUGCCGUGAUACGAGAUCGUCUAGCCACUGAGAAGAAUGUAUUGUGCUUCGAAAUGGAGGCUGCUGGACUUAUGAAUCACUUCCCAUGCCUUGUAAUUCGUGGCAUCUGCGAUUACUCUGAUACUCAUAAGAAUAAAGCUUGGCAAGGUUAUGCGGCUAUGACAGCCGCUGCAUACGCGAAAAACCUGCUUGAGCUUAUGGUGCCACAGCAGGUUGUCACGGAGAAGAAGUUGGGAGAUGUUCUCGAAGAAAGUCUACAAAGCUGUCAGUCACUCGAUGAAGUAGAGUAG